AUGAGGUACAUUAACGAAACGUUAGUAAUAUUCAGUCAUGACUUCUACUGCCAGGACGUUUUUGAUGUCAUAGGCAAGAUAGAUUUCUGUCCCUAUAUGCAGAUAUUUUAUCCGUAUGCAAUUCAGGUGUAUAACAGCCAGUUUCCAGGGGAUGAUCCCAAAGACUGUCCGAGGAAUUUGGAGAAGGAAGAAGCCCGGAGACGGAAAUGUAACAACGCCGAGUACCAAGAUCCUUACAGACAUUACCGAGAAGCUCAGGAAGCACAGGUGAAACACCACUGGUUGUGGAAAGUGCAGUUUAUUUUCGAAAACUGUUCCUUAUUACGGAAUUUCGAAGGUAUACUAUUUCUAGUAGAAGACGAUUUCUAUUUGGCAGAGGACACACUAUACUAUUUGAAAAAACUGGAACGACAGGGUCGAAUUCACUGUCCAGAGUGUAAAAUGUAUAUCAUGGGACAGACAACUGAUUAUUCACAAGACGAAUAUCAGUCGGGCGCAGCGAAGAAAGAUUAUUGGUGGGUAGGAAACGGAUUGGGAAUGGCCUUGCGGAAAUAUUUCUGGAAACUCUUCAAAUACUGUAAAAAAUCGUUCUGUUUUUUUGACGACUGUAACUGGGACUCGACGCUAAUGGUUGUGACAGCCACGUGCAUCCCAGGUGGUCUGAAAAUAUUAAAACCUCUAGGAAGUAGAGUCUUCCAUUUAGGAAGCUGUGAGGGUUUUCAUCGGCAUAAAGCUUGGAAAACGACUGAUGUUUUGAAUAAGGUGUUAAGAACCUUAAAUCACAACAGGAACUAUUUAUUUCCAGAACACGUAUUUGUUGCUUCUGAUUUUCCUGUUCUCGUGAAGCGGACAACUCCAUAUGGAGGGUGGACCGAUAUUAGGGAUCAUGAAAUGUGUCUCAGGAUUUUUAAUAACCAGUCUUUGUCGACUGCAGAUUUGAGGAAAAUACACCAAAACCUAUUUACUUGA